AUGGAUAUCUUCCGCACCCUCGGGCCUCUCCUGCUAGGAGGACUGGUGUCAACGUUCCUGUCGGGGGUGGUAUCAAUGCAGACCGCCCUGUACACAUCCGUGUACCACACUGAUAUCACCUGGCUGCGCACAAUGGUCUAUGUGAUAUGGCUGCUUGACAUCCUGCACACCAUAUUCAUUUGCAUUGCGGACUGGGAAUACCUGAUAGCGAGCUGGGCAGACGGUACGGUUCAGGAUUGGAUACCGUGGUCUAUUGGGGGUUCAGUGAUGCUAACGGCACUCAUGACUUUCAUAGUACAAUGCUUCUUCGCCUGGAGAGUACACACAGUUAGCCACAGGAAAUGGUGGAUAACCAUAAUACUCACUUCAGUUGCUUCGGGACGGCUGAUCGCCGCCUUGGUGUCGACCGCGUACAUGAUACGGCUUCAGAGUUACGAGGCGUUCAGGCGGGAGGUCGGCUGGGUAUUCACGUUGGGCCUUUCGCUCUCGGCACUCCUCGACAUCCUCGUGGCUUCCUCACUUUGCUAUUACCUUCGGAAGAGCCGUAGCGCCUUCUCCUCGAUGGACGCUAUCAUCAACACGUUGACAUUCUACACCAUCCAGAAUGGUUCUUUGACCUUCGUCACGACUUUCAUUUCUCUCAUCCUGUGGGUGACCGUCGACAACCUGAUUUUCCUCGGCCUCCACUUUGCUAUAACCAAGCUGUAUGCCAAUGCGUUUUUGUCGACGCUCAACGCGAGAAAGACACUCCGGCUCCAACAGUCAUCAGUCGACAAUGAUCCCUCGGUCCCAGUGAUGCUCGGUGCAGACCGCCGCUCCCAACGCUUGCACACUGGACGAAUGCACACGGGCUUGACCGACAACAUCCCCCUGUCCUCUAAGCAGGUGGAGAUCAACAUCCAGCGGAAUGUGCAGAUCAGCAGGGAUUUUGAUAUACUGGACGAACCGGAAACGGAACGGGAGGACGGCUCUUCCUCCAAGGAGUCCCCGACGAGUCAUUUCUGA